AUGAGGCUGAUCGAGUCCAACGAUACUGUUGUGUUCCCAGAGAAUGUGACGUUCACCGUCAAGAACCGCAUCGUCCACGUUACCGGACCACGCGGAACCAUCCGCAAGGAUUUCCGUCAUCUUCAUAUGGAGAUGGAACGCGUUGGAAAAAACACCCUCCGUGUCCGCAAGUGGUUCGGAGUCCGUAAGGAGCUUGCCGCCAUCCGCACUGUCUGCUCCCACAUCCAGAACAUGAUCAAGGGAGUCACUCUCGGAUACCGCUAUAAGAUGCGCUCCGUAUAUGCCCAUUUCCCCAUUAACGUUACCCUUCAAGACAACAACAGAACCGUUGAGAUCCGUAACUUCUUGGGAGAAAAGAUCAUCCGCCGUGUUCCACUUCCGGAAGGAGUCGUCGCCGUCAUCUCGACCGCCCAGAAAGACGAAAUCAUCGUCGAAGGAAACGAUAUCCAGGCCGUUUCUCAAGCCGCUGCUCGCAUCCAACAAUCGACAUCCGUUAAAGAGAAGGAUAUCCGUAAGUUCCUUGACGGAAUCUACGUGUCGGAGAAAACCACCAUCGUCCAGGCCGAUUAA